CUCAUUUAACCAACUUCAACGGAGAGACUUCAGGAGUAGGGAAGCGGCACGCAUAAGGGAUUCGCUAACUUCACCUAACUCAUUUUUAUUUCAAUGGUAUUUAUUACUUAAUUUUCUGGACUUACACAACCGCAGAAAUGACUCUACCGUACUCCCAAAGCGUAAGGACAAUGAAGACAAUGACCGUGGCGGAACCGAGCACACAGACUGUCUUGACAUCCACUCCUGUCGGGAUGAACGAAGGUUCGAAGACUUACCGAACGGUAAAUUUCGGGGGAGCUCAGCUACAGCCGGUCCAGUACUAUAACAGCCAAGUUGGAGCUGGAGCUCAACUACAGCCGGUCCAGUACUUUAACAGCCAAGUGGAGACGGGAGCUCAGCUACAGCCGGUCCAGUACAUUAACAGCCAAGUGGAGGCUGGAGCUCAGCUACAGCCGGUCCAGUACUUUAACAGCCAAGUGGAGACGGGAGCUCAGCUACAGCAGGUCCAGUACAUUAACAGCCAAGUGGACGGCAACGUGACGUACGGGGGUGCGCGUUACCUGAUGCCUCUGCAACAGCAGCGGCGGCCCGCGGAGUCAGUCAUGUACCUGAGUCAGGCGCCGCGCGUCAUGCAACCUGUGUACUUCCAGAACGUUCAGCGCGUGAGCAGCGUCAGCAGCGUCGACGAAACCGAUGUCUACAGACAAGUAGACAUAAAUGGACAAUCAUCUGUCUUUAGCCAGUCAUCCAGUCCAGUCAAGAGCCCUGCACCAUCUGAGUCAGAGUUUGUGGAGACUUCAAGUAUUCGAGAGGAAGUUGUGGACCAGAGAGAAAUAAAGAAUGGCCAUUGUGAGAUUAAGACUGAGGUUAUCGAUGUGGAACCAGUCGCCAAGAUGGACAACCGCUUCUUUGGUGAGCUUCUUGCUGAGGUUUACCGCAAGAACUCAGAUAUUCACACCUGCAUCUCCGAGCAUGUGGCCAAGAUCCGCGGAAGGAAACACCUCCUGGACACCACCAUUGACUACAAGGUGGAAAAAGAAGAAAUAGAGAGUGUCAUUCCUAAAGGAGUGUCUGAACUGACUAAGCAGCAAAUCCGUUACCUGCUGCAGACCCGUAUGACGGCUGAUAAAACCAUGCGUCUGUUGAUGGCCACGUUCAGCAGUCUGCGAGAGGAGCUAGUGCAUAUGCAGGACGAUCUCAGGCGUCUUGAGAGUGAGAAGGAGGAGCUGGAGAGAGAUCUGAGCUUCAAGGCAGAUCAGGCUCUGCAAUAUGACAGACUGAUGGAGACCGUACGGGAGCACAACAGACAACUGCAGGCUGCUGUGAAGGAAAGUAAUAAUGCUCAGCGUACUCUAGAAAGUCAGCUACUGACCAUGCAGAGCAAAGACCCGAGCAAAGACUUCCGCAUUAAAGAACUGGAGGGCGGCAAGAAGGCCCUGGAGCAGGAGAACGAGCUGCUCAGGAAGAAGUUGGCAGGGCAGUGCAGUAGUUCCACUGUCCAAAUCAAAACACAGGAGCUGUCCAGAGAGUAUGAACAGAUGCUGAGAGAUCUACGAGAGGAGAAGGAAAGAGAACUCAAGAAUCUGCGGACUCAGCUUAUAAAGAUCCAGACCGAGCGCACCACUACACAGACCUCUGACAGCAGCUUGGAGAUACGUAUCUCCGAGCUUCUGUCUAAACUAGAACAACGUGAAACUUUCAUCAGACGCCAGGAGGAGGAAAUCAGGCGACUCAAACAGCAGAAGAUCGACGACUCCAGCAGUACAACGAGGACUGUCGUUACCAAGAGAUACAUGAACCAGUACCCUCUUCUGGGUCUGCUGAGUGAUGACUACCAGUAUACCGCACCCAUUAAAGAGGACAGGACUGUCGUCAUCGAGAGUACGGGGGUCACCUCACGAGUCAUCUAGAUUGAAUGAACAGGAAGAAGAUUUAGAGGCCUCCCUGUUUUCCCCAUCCAAAUCUCAUUCCCCUCCUCUCUCCCUACAUGCUGCCUUCUUUUUCCAGUGGCUCCUUUUGGUGAUAGUUGCGCUGACUUUUUAGAUUUUAUGCUUUGGAAUUGGAUAAUGCCGUAUGAUGUAAGAACUAAAACAGCUGACACAAAGUCUUUCAGAAGUAUCUUGUUUAUUACAAUACCGUGUGACUACUGAUAGUUAUUUUUAUAUUGUUGAGUCAUCUUUUCAUAUGAUGCACCACAACCUUUAGUAAUCUCUAGUCAAUACUAUUGCAAGCAUGUAAAUAUUUGGCGAAAAAUGAUUUGCAAUUAUCAUUUACCUUGACUGGAAUAAAAGUUGAGCAUUGUCUGUAAUGUAAAAGAUGAUUGCUGGUUUUGUUGAUUUUCUUAUUCAUUUGGGUGUAUUAAUUAUGCCAGUUUAUUCUUUUUUUAUUGUUAUGUCACAGAGGUGAUGCUUUAUGUAGAAAAUUAUACAUAUAUGUCAUAGUGGUCGACCGAUGCAUGUUUUCAAUGGCCCAUGCAGAUAUCUGGAGAGCAGGAUGACCCACUAUAUAGAAAUAUAAAAGUUUGACCAAGGAUGCUAUUAUUUUAUGAAACAAUAAAAACAGAAAAAUUGUGAAAUAUUAUUUUGGAUUUACAAUAACUGUUUUAUAUUUUAAUAUAUUUUAAAAUUUAAUUUAUAUCUGGUAUGGAAAGCUGAAUUUUCAGCAGCCAUUACUCCAGUCCUCAGUGUCACAUGAUCCUUCAGAAAUCAUUGUUAUAAACUAAUUUGUUUCUCAAGAAUUUUUCCACAUCUUUUUCGAUAAAUAGAAAGUUGAAAAUAACAGCAUUUAUUUGAAAUAUGCAUUUUUUUUGUAACAAUGUAAACAUUUUUACUGUUACUUUUGAUCAAUUUAACGCAUCUUUCUAAACUAUUCAUUUAAAAUAAUAAUAAUAAUGACAAAAAAAAAAGAUCCCAAACUUUGGAACAGUAGUGUAUAUGGAAACCAUAGAAAAUGCAAACACAAAAAUAAGGAAUAUUUUUAAACAGAAAAUAACAUUAUCUAAACCUGUCAGAUAUUGUAAUUGACACAAGGAGGCGCCAACACAGUAUUCAGCCAAUGCCAAAUAUCUGCUUAUUUAUUAGUCUGGCUGAUGCUUCGGGAGACCACUAAUUUUUAAUGUUAGCUGGUGAGGGGUUUUACUGUUUUAAAGUGGUUAGUAGAACAUGGGCUAACACUGAUUUCUGUAAGCUAUCUAAAUUCUCACAGUUAUACUGUAUGGAAGUUAAAUCUGUCAAAUGGUCAGUUUUGUCCUAUAUCUAAACAUUGGUUAUUAUUAUUAUAUAUACAAUUUACAAACAUAAAAACUGCUACGUAAACGCUGGCAGCUAUAGGGGCCUCCAUAAACAUUUCUGUUUUUAUAAUCUGAAACUGCUGGGAUGUUUUUGUCAUGAUGCACUGAAUGUUUCUGCAGUGUGUGCAUGAAUCAAUUUUUUUUCUUUUUUUCACUUUAUUAUUCUUCAUAAGACUGACACUUGAAGGGAAAUUGCUAUGUAUGUAUUGAGUGUGGAGUUUUCUAGGUUUACAUUACAGUGCCAUUGUUAGUGGCAUGCAAGACUUGAGAGUGGCAAAGAACGAAUGGUUUGUGAUGUCAUCAAGUGGUAGAUUGUAGCAUUACAGGUAACUUGGAUGUGUAGACAUUUUUUCAACAUUUUGAUGUGACUAAAGAUAUUCUUCUCUUAGAACAGUAGAAUAAUGCUGUGUAAAAAAAAAAAAAGAUGUUUAAUGUGAUAUCCUGACUAAAUGCAUCUUAUCUACUGAAAUGUGUUGGAGUGCCCCUUUAAAUUCUUAGACUUUACAGUGCGUUACAUCUGCAGCAUUUAUCUCUUUUGUUGGUGUAACUUUACAUAUUGUAACUGUUUGUGCUUGAAAUAAAGAUUUUUGACCUCUUGA